AUCUCGCACAUCUUCAACGUCAUAGUCGUUCUCAUUGUGCGCUGGGCGAGCCGGCGCCGCCAAACCCUCUGGCUCGGCGGCGCGAUGGGCGACGCCGCGGGCAGCGUGGACUUGGGCGAGUUGCUCAAGAAGCACAAGCGACCCGAGCCCGAGGGCCAGGGCAACGGCGCAGACGCGCCUCCCAGCAAGAAGCAGCAGGUGGGGGAGCUGGCGGACUCCGCCGAAGACGGCCUCCAGGAGGUCGAGGGGGCCCUUCGGGCUCGAGACAUGCAGGCGGCAAUCUCCAUCCUGCUCAAGAUGGCGCGCAUGCACGCGCAGGUGCUCAGGGACUCGGCGGCGUCGGAGUGGGCGUGCCUCAUCAUCCCCACGGCUUGCUCCAUGGUAGCCGCAGGAAGGCGCGCGGGGAAGCAGUGCGCGGAGGCGGCGAGCAUCGCUGCCGCGAAGCCCACGCUGGGGCCGCAAAAUUUGCACAUCGCGCGAGGCGUGUUCAAGUCGAUGGCGCACGGGAUCUUGGCCGCGUUGUGCAGUGCGGCGGCGGAGCUCGGCCUAGUGAUCAGGCACUUCAGGCUGAAGGAGUGCUACAGCGACGAUUGCGCCAGAAUGCAGUUCUCUUUCGCGGGCGAGGUGACGGUUCCCCUCUCAGGCGCGGCGCAGGGCAUGCCGACGGAGAAGACGAUCAGCAAGUUGGAGCUCGAGCAGGCGAUGAUCAAGAUGGCACAGCUGGGGGGCGCCAAGCUCAAGCUCGGCACCGCGCCACAGUGGCACUUAGAGGCGACGGCGCAGCGGCUGAUCGACAAAUCCAAGACA